AUGGCUGUUAUAAAUGGCAAAGUUUCAUAUUUCAAGGGUCGCGUCUCACUCCAAAACCUCCGCGACUUUAUACGUAAUAUUUUCCCAAACAAUGUUGUUCAAAUAUUAAAUGAUGAUAAUUUGAAUGACUUCCUUACUGGAUGGUCAGAUAAUCGAGUGCGAGCCCUUUUCUUUACUGCCCGGGACAAGCCACCUGUCCGUUUCCUUCUUCCAGCUUUUGGGCACAGAGAGAAAAUUGCAACUGGCUUUGUGAAUACAAAGAGCACCUCUGGAAUAAACAUGAUUUUGCGUAAAUAUAACAUUAAUCGUUCCAAGGACACAUUGAUAAUUGUGGCUGAAGAAAGCAACACGAGCAUUGCCAUUGUCACGAUGCAGUCAUUGUCAAAAGGAAGCAUUGAAGAAGUAAUGGAAGCUAAUCAGUAUCUGAUGCUACCCCGUCUCUCCUCUCAGACAUUCUUUGAUGACUUGUGCCCUGCUGAAAGUUAUGUGAAGCAUCGAAAGUUCUGUGUGAUUCUCGUCACCAAAAAGACAGCAGAUCAUGAUUGUUAUCGGUCAUCAUUCCGUUCAUAUGUGCAGCAAGCACCAACUUUUCAGGAUCGAGUUAGAUUCACUUAUAUUUAUAGGGAAACCCAGUAUCAGUUUGUUGAUGCCCUAAUGAAUGGCAAUUCCUCUUCUGAACCUGAUGAAAAUACUUUGAAACUUACAAUCCUCUGGCGCUUUGACAAGAAACAAAUGAAUUAUGAAUGGGUUGAGCCAGGGUGGAGCAUGGACAGUCAACGUAAUGCUCUAACACGUGAAAAUCUUGAGAAACGUCUUCAGCAAUUGUUUACAAACACUGAUCGUCUUUUGUACACUGCCAUGAUGCCUGACCUGUACAAUGAGCACUCACUUGGUGGUCUUAUGGGUCUCCUUGUGCAUUUAUCAGGAAGGUUUACUGAUUGGUGUGACUAUUUAUUCUUGAUUUUUAGCAACAUGGAUUUCUUCACAUGGUCUAUUAUCUUAUUUGCAGUAGGAACAAUGUUGCGUUUUGGCCUCCUCUCGUUACGGCAGCUUUUCAAUGAAGAAAUGGAACAGAAAACACAACAGGGUCAUGGCUCAGCUUCCAGACAUGGAUGUGCACAAACACCAUCUGUGAACUACAACUCUUUAUGUAUUUAUGAACUGAGCAACAAGUCCUACAAUGAUCUAGUGAAGUGUGCAGAGGGAUGUCUCACUGUCACUCUGCUGGUUGAUCACAAAUUACAAGACAGAUUGCUGGAUAUAUUCACAAGAGCAGUGAGACCUUAUGCAUCCUCCCCUACACUGAGGUUCAGUUAUCUCCUCCUUGACAAAUAUCUUUGCUGGUAUCGGCAAGUUCUUGAUAACAGUGAUGGUCAGAGAGUACAAUCUUCUAAGUUUAACAUACGUAACUCCAUUGGCACAAUUCUUGCUAUCAAUGGUUACAGACGGUAUUAUUACAUAUUUCAUUCCAAGUGUCCACAAAAGUGGACCCAAAUGGUAAAUUGUGGACAUGGGGAAGGCCUCUUUGAUUCUGGGUCCAAUUCUGAAGAUGAAGCAGAAGAAGUAGACACUUUGAUGGAAGGACUUGAAAAUUGGAUGGACAAAAUAUUUGAUGGGAUGGUGCGAAAGAUUAGAGUAUCUCAUUGGCCAGAAAUGAACCAUUCUUCUCUUCCUCUGUGA